UUUUCGUGAACAAAUUGGAUAUAGUAAUCAGAGUAUAGAGAUGAACUCAAACAAAACAACCUUCUUCUUGGUCCUCCUGCUCCUUGUAUCUGCCUUCUGUAUAACAAUGACAGAAAGCAAGUGUCACAACAACAGAGAUUGCAAAUACGUGAAGCAACCAUGUCCGGUGCCUCUCGCAUGUCUAUUUGGCAGCUGCAUCUGUCCCUGGAAAAAUCAGUCUAAGUUCUCAACUUGUCAAAUCAUAUGUGCGCACUCGAAAGAAAAAUUUAUAACCAUUCAUGAUUCUAGUACUUGCGUUUGUGGCGAUAAGUAA